CCUUGGCCUUUCCGGUCUCUGCCUGCUUCUCGGGCGCAGCACCAGCUGUAUUGUGUCCUCUCCCCUCGCAGCCUUUCCCUCCGCUGUCAACUCAUCUAUAUAUGCUCCCCCAUUUCCUGCGCUCCAGAGUUCAGAGACACACACAGAGGUAGGGUGGCUCUUGUGACCUGUGAUCUUGCUGUGCCUCUUGUGACCUGUUUGAGCAGCUAGCGUAGAGAGAGAGAGGGGAGAGAGAUGGCUUGGAAUGGUUCCGGCGACGACGAGAGUGGGCUCGAGCUGAGCCUCGGCUUGCCUGGGUACUUCUCCGGAUCACAAGGCCAAGCAGGUUCCAAGGAGGAGAGGAACCGUGGUGCUACUGGGGCAAAGGAUAGAACCAACGGCUCAAAGACAAGCAGAACGCUAGCGGCCGCGGCUCCGGUGGUGGGGUGGCCUCCGGUGCGCUCGUUCCGGCGGAACCUGGCCUCCUCCUCGGCGUCCAAGCGGCCGCCCGCCGACCCACGCAACGGCGCCGACGACAAGGCCGGCUACAAGGGCCUGUUCGUGAAGGUGAACAUGGACGGCGUCCCCAUCGGCCGCAAGGUGGACCUGAAGGCGCAGUGCGACUACGGCAACCUCUCCGUCGCCGUCGACCGCCUCUUCCGGGACCUCCUCGCCGCUCAACGGAACCAGAGGUCCUGCGCGGAGGGGAACCAGCCGUCGAUCACCGGACUGCUGGACGGCAGCGGCGAGUACACACUGGUGUACGAGGACGACGAGGGCGACCAGAUGCUGGUCGGCGAUGUCCCGUGGGACAUGUUCAUCGCCACGGCGAAGAGGCUGCGCGUGCUGCGGAGCUCGGAUCUGAACGCGCCCUCGCUACGAGCGGCGCUGAGCCGGAAGAGGGGAGCAGCUGAUCAGUGCUGAGCUAUCUAUCUAUCUCCGAUUUUAUUUUUGCACUCUUGGGCUAAGCUUCCUGCUUGUAUGGUUCUGUAUAAAAUUUGCCAUCUCAAUGGGCUGUCAUCAUGUCACGUUGCUAUCAUCAAGUAGUAGAUCAGAUUUGUACUGUUAAGAUCAUGUAUCUAGCUGCAGUGCUGUAACUCGUAAGGUGUUGAUUUUUGGAACGGCAGGAAUGCCAAGUUUGGCUUUAUCGAUCGACUACUGUUCUUUUGCCUGUGA